AAAUAUAUUUUUUAAAAUAUUACUCUGUAUAACAAAACAGAGCGUUGGAAAUAAAACUAAAAUUUUAUACUUAUUUUUAUGUUAAAGCUCCUGUACCAUAGACAAUGUGCUUGAGAGAUGCCCUUACAACUGAAAUUAUACCCUAAAUUCUAGUACUAAUUGUUUUUCCUCCAAAAACAAAAUAUCAUGAAUUCAAUCACUUUUCUUCGCAUCCAAUUAUAUCUCAUCUUAGCUGCUACUCUGUUCCAAUCACUAUCCGCCGCGUCACGGCUCUCCAGCCUCCAACACUGCGGCGACGAUCUCUCCCUCUCCGUCGCGGACUACGGCGCCACGGGCCACGGCCGCCGCUACGACACUGUUGCAAUCCAAUCUGCCAUCGACGACUGCGCCUCCGCGGCCGCCCGCCGCUGCCGCACCUGCCAGGUCCACUUCCCGCCGGGCAAGUACCUGACCGCAACGUUGUACCUGAAAUCCGGCGUCGUGCUGGACGUAUCGAGGAACGCCACCAUCCUCGGCGGCACCAAGCUGCAGGACUACCCUGAGAAGCAAGAUAAAUGGUACGUGGUGUUGGCGGAGAAUGCGGUGGAUGUGGGGAUCACCGGCGGCGGGGAGAUCAACGGCCAGGGUCUGGAGUUCGUGACGAGAUUCGACGAGAGGAAGAAUGUGAUGGUGAGUUGGAAUCGGACUGGGGCGUGUUUAGGCGAUGAGUGCCGGCCGCGGUUGGUAGGGUUUAUUGGCUGCAGGAAUGUGAGGAUUUGGAAUGUCAGCUUCAAUGAGCCUGCUUAUUGGUGCUUGCAUAUUGUUCGGUGUCAAAACACAUCGAUCCAUGACACUUCCAUCUUCGGGGACUUCAACACGCCCAAUAAUGAUGGCAUAGACAUUGAGGACUCAAACAAUACACUGAUAACUAGAUGCACCAUAAACACUGGAGAUGAUGCUAUAUGUCCCAAGACAUACACUAGCCCUCUCUACAAUCUCACUGCAACCAACUGCUGGAUUAGAAGCAAGUCCUCAGCCAUCAAACUCGGGAGUGCCAGUUGGUAUGCUUUCAGAGGUUUGUUAUUCGACAACAUAACUAUUGUCGAAUCCCACAGAGGGCUCGCCCUACAAAUACGAGAUGGAGGAAAUGUUAGUGACAUCACAUUCUCGAACAUCAAUAUCAGCACAAGGUACUACGAUGAGCUGUGGUGGGGAAGAGCAGAACCUAUUUACAUCACAACUUGCCCUAGAGACAGCAGCUCGAAAGCCGGCUCCAUCUCCAACCUGCAGUUCAUAAACAUCACAGCAACUUCUGAAAAUGGAGUGUUCUUGUCAGGAUCAGAAGGUGGAGUACUGAGCAACAUUAAGCUGUAUAACGUGAGUCUCACCUACAAACGAUGGACAAACUACACGGGUGGGCUUGUCGACUACAGACCAGGGUGCCAAGGGCUGGUGAAUCGCAGCACUGCAGGGUUGAUGAUGGAACACAUUGAUGGCUUAGAUCUUGAAGAUGUGAACAUGAGGUGGGCUGAUGAGAGGAACAACAAACAGUGGAAUAAUCCCCUCGAUUUUCUCCCUUCAACUGUGAAUAAUGUUUCAUUGCUCAAUUUCUAUUCUGGAUUGUACAAAAAAUCAGGAAGGGGGGAUGAAGAUGCAGAGUUGUGAGGUAAAUGUGACAUGUUCUACUUGAAUUCCUUGUUCUGUUUACCACUCGUAUACUACCAUGACUACUACUUUUCUACUUUUUCUCGUAUCUAAAUCUUGAAUUUAAUUUUA